CCAUCAAUCACGCAGCUCCUCCAUCAUUCUGGUGAGUUUCUGUAGGAAUAUCGGCGGCAGCGAUCUUAUCGCCGGCGAUCUCGUCCGAGAGCGCGCGCGGCACCGUCGUCAACCUCCAGCGCUCGCAGGAAAUGGCGGACGAUGAGUUAACUGAUAUGAUGUAUGACAUGGAGUUUGGAGAACUGAUGAAAGACUGGAUAGAAGAUUGGUCAGAUGAUGAAAAUUCAGAUCGUGGAGAUAGGUCAGAGAAUGGGAACGUAUUGGAAGAUCUUAAUAUGGAUGAACAUGAUGAUGGUCAGGAAAACAAUGAGCAUGAUGAUGGUGAGGAAAACAACUCGGAGAUCUCGAAUGAAGAUUACAUUAGUCAGCUCAUUUCCGAAUGUCAUAAUGCGUACGACUAUUACGGUGAAUCCGACGCGGAGACAGGCCUUGAUGUCGAAUCAUUAGCUGCAUCUGAUUCUGGGGAGUCGCAAUCGUCGGUCAUCAUGAGUGAGGUGACAGAAGUUGAGGGGAAAAAGAAUGUCCAAGAUACUGCUAGUGCAGAUGAUAAGAGGGAUAUGUUCAUGCAGAUAAUACAAAUGACUUUUACGUCUCACGAGGCUGCGUAUGAUUUCUACAACAGCUAUGCUAGAGAUAAUGGUUUCAGCAUUAGAAAGAAUAGGGUCAGGUAUAGCAAAACCGAGUCACGUCAUAUGCGUUAUAGGCGGUUUGUUUGUUCCAGACAAGGAAAACGUGACAGCAGGUUGCUAACCGAGGAAGGACACAGCCGUAGGCUCAGACCCGAGACACGCUGCCACUGCGAAGCGCACCUGACCGUGAAGCUUGACCAAAAGCGUGGGGUUUGGUAUGUUGAUAGUUUUGAGGACAAGCAUAGCCAUAUCUUGGCAGGACCGGACGAGGUACCUUUUCUUUGGUCCCACAGAAAAAUCAAAGAGUACCAGAGAGCUGAGAUACUGUCCAUGGGAGCUGCAGGGAUUAGAAUUCACGACAUGAUGGAUACCUUCAUCAGCAAACAUGUAUGGUAUGGCGGUGUUGGUUUUACCAGGCGUGAAAUAUACAACCUUUACGCCAGGGAGAAGAGGAAGCUGCUUUCAAAAGGUGAUGCUGCCACAGUCAUAGGCAUCAUGGUCAGUAGGAAACAGAGGGAUCCUAGCUUCUUUUUCGAGUACAAGCUAGACAAGGAAGGACAUAUGAAUAGGAUGUUCUGGUGUGACUCCCAAUCUCGUCAUGACUAUGAGGACUUCGGCGACGUGCUUGUAUUUGACAGCACGUACAAGAUGAACCGGUAUGGUAUGCCAUUCAUACCCUUUGUUGGUCUUAACAAUCACCGGAAGACCACUGUUUUUGCUUGUGCCAUAGUUUCGGACGAGACCGAAGAGACAUAUGUGUGGCUGCUGGAGACUUUUUUGAGGUCCAUGUGUCAAAAGAUGCCUAUGAGUGUUAUCACGGAUGCCGACGCUACGAUGAUCAAGGCAAUUCGCCAAGUCUUGCCAGACGUGUGGCACCGUAUAUGUACGUGGCAUAUAGAAAAAUAUGAAGAUUCACCUCAGUCACAAGUCCUUGAAGGAGUUCCGAACUCUUCUGUACUACAGCACGUCCACGGCCACGUUUGA